UCGUACCAACAUGGCGGAAUGCGAAACAAGCGGCAGUGAUAAACAGGACUCGCAUUCAGAUGCUGAAGCGCCCAAAUUGUCGGAUUUAUUUGACCGUGGCUGGAAGAUAUUUGAUGAGGUAGAUAAUACAAACGAUCCUCUUGCUUCGAACAGUGUUCAGGUACGAGUUAAACGUGCUAUCAGUAUGUUAGAAGAAAGCUCCCGAAUGGCUGCUCAGCUGGACUUGUUCAGUCCCAAUGAAGAGUUGGAGGAGAUCGCCACUGCAGACCUCAAAUAUCUGCUGAGCCCCGCUCUCUUAGGAGCCCUCACCAUGAAACUCUCAGGUCGAGACAAACGAUUGGAGAUCGUCCAAACAGCCCGGGCUUACUUUAUGGAUUUCCUCAACAGAUGUAAAGACUACAACAUAUCGCGGUUUAGUCUGCCGGAAUCCGUGGAUGACAGCACAGUUCCUGACGAAGCAACAGACAAUGCCCGCUCCGCCUGUGUGCCUAUGCCCAGUACAUCGAAUUUGGUUGCCAUGGCCGCACAAAGACAAACUAAAAUUGAGCGAUACAGUCAGAAGAAAAAGCUGGAGGCCAGACUGUCGGAUGUGCGGACAUCUGUGGAGAGCGGACGGGCCGAUGAUGAAACCAGCAGAGAUUUUUACUUGCUGAAUGUCCGGAAAUGGGUGAUUCUGUGCCUGGAUGAAGUACAGAGCAUCGACCAGGAGAUGGAAAUACUGAAGAGUAUGGAUCAGAUGCAGCUUAGUGCGCCGCAGCCUGCGAGACCGAGCAGGCCCCCCAUGAAGCCUUUCAUCCUCACCAAGGAUGCUCUGCAGGCUCAGGUGUUUGGGGCCGGUUAUCCUAGCCUCGCCACCAUGACGGUGGAUGACUGGUAUGAUCAGCACAAGAAACACGCAGUCCUGCCAGAUCAGGGAGUUCCCAGAAGGGUCGCAGUGGAGGAGGACACGGACGCGAAGGAGAGCGAAGAAGAAGGAGAAGAGAAACGGGCUGAAAAGGAUGAGCAGGAGUCGUUGAUGAAAGCCAGGAAGUGGGACGACUGGAAAGACGAUCAUCGCAGAGGCUCUGGAAACCGCCAAAACAUGGGCUGAUCGGUCCCGACGCCGAGUGGCCAAACGCCCCUUGGUCUGUGGGCACGCAUCGUAAACUCUCGGAAGAACUCUUGCUAUUUAUGGAUCGCCGAAACGGAUCGUGCAUGGUUUGUUUAAGGGAUUGCGAGAUGUGCCGCUGAGUUAUUCAUGCGACACUUUCCGGUUUUGGUCCUUUUAAAGGACUUUUGUUCAAUUAUAGACGUGUCUUAAACUGCACUUUUUGGCUUGACUGAAUGGAACCUAACUUUGUCAAAUGUGUACCAUGGUCUUGCCACAAAGUUCAAAGCCCUCAGUGAGACACCGUCAGCAGCUCCGUUACAUUAAGAUUGUGUGGGUGCAGAGCAGACUCCAGAAUACCUCCAAGUGAGGCACUUAACAAUGAUGUGAGAACACUAGCAGAUAUGUCCAACCAAAACAUGAAAUGCUUUUAUUUUGAUUUGUCACAUUCACGAUGAAAUUGUGCCAAAAUGUGUUCUGUUAAAAUGAGAAUAAAUGCAGUCA